UCCGAGGUUCUCUAUUCUAGCUCUGUGCACUACGUGCGAAAACAUGAGCAGAUAUCUUGGACUGAAACGUAAGGGUCCACCCCAACCGUUGGGUGAAGAAAAUUCUGCUGCGUUUGCAAAGUUGAAGAAACAGGCAUUCAGGCCCCCAUUUACAAGGCUGAAAGAGAAUAUAGCCGAAUAUGUGGAAGCGGUGGAUGAAAACGUAGUGCACAACAAAAUAUCAGAGUCCAAGCUCAACGGUCACUGCAAAUUUAUCCAAGCAAAUGGUGAGGCGUUGCAAACCCCUAGCAUAAAGGAAAAUUUAGCAACAAGUGUGGGCACUUUAAAUCAAAUCGUGAAGCCUUUGGUGUCUGAAAGGCAUGAAAGCGAUUUGGAAUCGAAGAGACCUUCCCUUGGCUAUGGAAACUCCACGAAACCUUCCAAUAUUGGGUUUUCAAAUACUCAAUUCAAGCUCCCUGGUUCAUCGUCUUCAACAGUUAAGAACAUCUCUUUAUUGGCAGCCAGUAAACUCAACUCCGAAAGCGCAAGUCAUGAUACUUCAGAGUCUUCAUCUGGCCAGAAGAAAUCUAGACAGCCAGGGGAUUCUCAAUCUGUUAAGACCUUUCAAUCCGCUUUCAGAAAGCCCUUUAUGUCCAGAGACCUGUUAAAUCCAGCAAAAGAAAAUACUGAAAAUUGCGCGGAUGUUAAGCAGCCCCAGUAUUAUAGUGUUUUAUAUGCUAAGCGAAAAAAAAAUACAAAGCCAAAAGGCCCUUGGUCUGAUGGCGUACUUUUAGUCAAUGGUCGCAAAUACAUAUUACGCAGUAUAGAUGACAAGGUCAUUACAAAAGUUGAUUUUCAAGGCUGCGGAAAUUUGAGUGAAGGAGUUAUUCUCCAGAUUGGAAUGUUUCAUUUGGAAGUGGUUAGAGAAUCAUCACAUGAUGAAUAUAGUAGUGGUGCUCUUUUCAUGAAAAAUAAGUCUCCAGGUUUUCAUAAUGUUGCAUCAAUACAGAGAAGCAACAAAAGGCCAUCUUUUCCACAUUCUCUGUUCAAGGCUGAAAGAGACAAAAAUCUACCAACUCCUAUUAAAGAUUUGCAUAAGGAUGCAUUUAUUCUCAACACAAAACAGGUUGAGGAAGGAGCGGCACCAAUUUUUAUUGACCCGUAUCUUAACACUAAGCUUCGACCACAUCAGCGGGAGGGUGUAAAGUUUCUUUUUGAAUGUGUGAUGGGUUUGAGGUCCCAAGAUUUUCAAGGUUGCCUUUUGGCAGAUGAGAUGGGACUUGGUAAAACUCUACAAGUGAUAACUUUGAUUUGGACAUUAUUCCAACAGGUAUCAAAGGUUAGACUUGAGUUCAAGCGUGCUUUAGUUGUAUGCCCAUUGUCCUUGGUGCAGAACUGGGGUAAUGAGGUUCGAAAGUGGCUUGGAGUGGAAAGGCUCAAGGCAAUGGUGGUACAUGGAGGAUCAUCAUCAAUUGAUGCAAAGCAGCAAUUCAUUGACUUUAAAACUGGCAAUGUGAAUCCUCUCUUAAUUACGUCUUAUGAGCUAUUACGGAAAUAUUUUGAUAUAAUAGGAUCUUUAAAACUUGGCCUUCUUGUAUGUGAUGAGGCACACAGACUUAAAAACUGUGUUGGGAACAAGACUAUUGAUGCUCUAGCUGCGCUACAAUGUCCUCGGAGAGUUUUACUGACAGGAACUCCUGUGCAAAAUAAUUUAAACGAAUUUUAUGCAAUGAUGGAAUUUGCCAAUCCAAACCUUCUUGGUCCUCUAUCUACAUUCAAAAGAUUGUACACUGAACCCAUUGAAAGGAGUCGUGACCGAAGUGCAAGGUUGGAAAUCAAAGCUGAUAUAUUACGUGAUUGUAGUUGUUGUUAUUGCAUAUAG